UUGUUAACUUUUGAACCAAUGUCUUUACUUCCACCUUUACCUGGCUGUUUUGCAUUAAAAGAUAUGUCAGAUCAUCUAUCAAGUCAACAAUUAAGCAUGAAAGAGCAACAAAGAGUUCAACCAAUGUCUGCAUUAAGCAUUCAUCCUCAGAAAAUGCUUUCAACUCUUCAUCAGGACAAUUCAAAUCUUGCAGCAACCUCAAAAACUAUCUAUAAUGCUUUGGACAAGAUUAGACAUGAUUAUCUUCAGGGUCGCAUGCCAAUUCAGACCCUUCUUGACAAGCUAAAAGAAAAAAAUUUUGAAUAUGAUUAUUAA